AUGGCAGGAACCAAAGAGGAAGAACAAGAAACAGAGAAAAAGGUAGACGGAGACUCUAUACUACAAAAACUACACUACUCGCCUACUGGAUGCAUUUAUUGAGAUAUCAUCACAGGCGUCAGGCAACACAAUUUUUCAACCAAGAGGGCCAUAAAAUAAAAACAAUAAUCAAAAUUAAUGAGGGUGGUAGUGCUAAGAGACUAGCUAAAACUUCUCAGUCCACGAAAGCAUACUGCUCAACCUGAUCCUGUAGCAAAGCACCCAAUACUUCUGCUCAAAUCAGAGGCGCAAGGAAAGCAAAGGAGAUCUUGGCACUGCCACACUGAACAUAAAAUACAGGUGGGCUUCCCAGUCAGGUCACUGAGCAAGAAGGGGAAAAAGUCCAGCCUCCUUGACGCCAUCACUCCCACUCUCUCUCUCUCUCUGCACCUCACCAUAAGUCACUCGCCACAAGAGAGCAACUGUCUUGCCGACAACCCAAAACAAAGUUAUUCAUAGCUCAGGUUAGAUACAAAUCAAAUAAAAAAAUGUCGAGACCAGCAAUGCUGAGGUGGAUCCUGGUCGGCUGAAAUGCCCAUAUACUGUAUAACAAACCUAUUUAGCUCAGCAACCACCUGACCUACCAGCCUUUCAAUCUUCUUACGGGCCCUGUAAACAACAGAUCCAGAACAGGAAUAGCCUCCAAUAUGGAUCUUGAUGCAGACUACCCCGACGAGCCCCUGAAUCCUGCAGCAUGGCACACCAGCUCAGCCAAAGGACAGAGAUCUGAGAGGCUGGAAAGGCCAGGUUCUAGCUCAGCACUGAGAAGAGUAUGUGUAAUGUGAUGGAAUGGUUAAACGAGUGGAUAAACGAGUCCCCCACCAACCAAACUCGAGUAAGGGUGGGACUGGUUAUAAAGCAAAGCAAUAGUUAACAAAUGAGAAAACAAGAACUUAACACAUGUACUUAUGCAGUGGAAAGGAGGCAAACCUAUAACUUAUACCUCUGUACCUGACUUAAAAAGCCGCAAGUGACACAGUUCAUGGGGGGGUACGGGGGAGGGGAGAGGUGCCUCAGUGGAGCUGCAGAAGUCACUGUACCAAUCCUAAAAGAACAGGAUGUAAUAUGACAGGAAGACAGUCCGGCUCAUUGAACAACAAAACGUUUGGUCAGACUUUGAAUAGGGUAUAAAGCACAAAAUCACUUAGGGAGAUAUUGAGACCUAAGAAUCCUGUAUCCCAUUUCUGGCUGUCUUGGCUGACUGUGCUACAAGAUGACCCUUCAGGUUAGGGCAAAACUUCCAUAUGCUUUUUUUGGGCACAAAACCCAGUAGGGUCUGCUAUAGGCAGAUAGUGAAGGUGACAGCUAUCCUACAAAAAGAGACCACUUGCGGGAAAGAAUAGGCAGACUACAUAUUACUAGGAGAGGAACUACCAGGAAAAAAACCUGAAACUGGUAUCACAAGGCCCUCCCAAAGAUCUGAGCGAAGUCAGUCAGCUUGCUGCCAAGGAAGAUAAAAGAACAACCAUCUUUUAGUUGCGUCUACUUUCAGUGGAAUUGGCACCAUUGAGAAAGGAGGAUAAAUGUCCAGAGGAGCCCUGUGACUGGGAAGGUUGCAUGCACCCUACCCCGAGUUUGCAAGUAACCACCUCUGCUUGCCUCAGCUGAAAGAGUGGGAAUACUGAGGGAUGCACCCUUGGCUCUCUUUACCACUUAAGUGUAAAUAAUAAUUUGUUACAUGUAAUAACAGAGAUCCAAUCAGCACUUACACUAAGUGCCAAUCAGUUCACUCCAUUCAUUCAAUAAUAUAAAUGUCAAUUUUUUAAAACAUUAAGUUCCCAAUUAAUACCAAAAUAGGCCAGGUGCAGGGGCUGUGUGAUGGGAACAGCAAUGCUUUCAUUGCAGGGUAAAAUACCCCUCUAGUGGCUAUGUUCCAGAUAGUCAUUAGAGGCAUUUCCCCUGUGAGAACAAAGUUAGCAUUGGAUUGGCUGAGAUUAAUCAAUCUACAUGAUCUCAGCCAGGGAGUCAGAUCAUGUAGCAUGGCGGAAUGUUAUGAGCUGAAAGGUAUGUAAAAAUGCUUUGUUUUUUUAUUACCAAAUGUGUGCGGGACACCUAAAUAGUUAGUAGGAAACACUAUAGUGUUAAAAAUGCAUGAUUACUGUGAGAACCUGGGGACAGGUCCUUUUAGAAGCCCCAAGGUGAGAUUUUCCUAGCAAAUCAAGGAUUCUUGGGAGGGUAUGUAUUUAUCUACAAUUACUUAAUAACACGUGAUGUACAUGUGAUAUCAUGUGGUUUAGUUUUGCAGCAAAUAUAUUUUCAAUGUUAUUUACCAAAGUAAGAAUUCAAAGUGAAAUUCAAAUUUAAGUCCAAAGAAGCCAAGCUGAUAGCAAGCUGACUUGAACAUUGUUUCCACUUUGGCUGUUUGUUUAUUAAAUUUUUAGGUAUUAAAUGAAUUAACAUUUUCACAAGACUAAUUUUGUCUCUUGAAAUUAACACACUAUGAGACUAUCUUAUCUUCCAGUUUGAAUUCUUAAAUAUAAUGGUUAUCCUUAUGAGAUGUGAUAAGGAUCUGCUAAUCACUUAUUAAUCAGAAAUUAUUGUUAAUAAUUGUGUAACACAUUUACGUAAGACUUAACGCACCUUGAAAAAAUAACUAGAAAGUCAGAUAGAGAGGAUCUUUAUGCAAACGGUGACUUUAAAAAUAUCUUAUACUGCAGCAAUUAAAGCUUUGCUUAAACUGGUUUAUGAUUGAACAUAUUUCUGGUGAUAGAGAUCCUUAAGCUGAAACCCAGCAAGAGUCUGCGCAUUUGCUUGUCAUAAAAAGUAAAUUAGCCAUUGCCGUUAGAUAUUAUGCCUUUGUUUCAAUGCGUCACGGUCAAAGUCUGGUUUUUUUUCCAGCUGAGUUUUCAGCACUGACUAAUAUGCAGAUACAUAACAGAUGGGUCGUCAUUUGUUGUCACAAUAAUCAAAAAUAAGUGUAGCACACUUCUUCACCAUCCACCUGUUGCCACACAGUCAACAGCACCACCUCCAAUACACUGCUUAAAUAGAUCGGGCACUCAAAGUGUAUGUAAGAGUACCUUUAUACUACCCUACCCACUCUGGGUAAUUUCUGUAGACAGUGGUGUAUCCUGGUUUUGUGCUGCCCUAGGUAUGACAAAACUCAUGUGUAUAUGUGUAUUUUAGUGCAGUAAAAGCUAACAGUAUUAUGUCAUUCACAAUUACAUUUACAUGCAGAACUUGAAAAAUAUGAAAACGUCUUUAUUUUUCACACUUUUUUAGAUUCUAUUCACAUGAAACUUUCAUAUAUAAAUAUUUGAUGUGAAAUGAAGGCCCUGUUUCUCCUGAACAUAAUUAUAUAUUAUAAGUGCAGGUGCCCUUCAUAUGAAAGAGAUAAAUUAUGGUCGAACAGAUAUAUAGUCAAAUUCUAGGUCUUAUUUUGAUUCAGAAUUUUGACAAUUGCCUCCGUCCUUAAAGGAUUAAGGCCAGAGAAGCUGAACUGAAAGUAUAGCUGAGAUUUUUUCCAGUUCGCUAUUUUGACCUUAAAUUUGAAAUUAGCUUCGAAUUUACUUUGAAUUCUCACUUUAUUGAAUAACCUUGUUAAUUUUUGGCAAAUACACAAGGAAAAAAAAUAUAUUUUUUUUUUCUUCUAGUGUUGUCAUAAAUAGCAAAUGAGUAGAACCCUGAAACAGUAUGCAGUUUAUAUGGUAAACAGUCAAAUAAAACCAAUAUGUAAAAUCCAGCUUAAAAAUUACCAAGCUGUAACUAUAGCUUAGCUGAAGAAUUAUUCUAAAUCAGAUAUUGUAGACUAAAUCAUAGGCGUGCGCACAUAGGUGCCUCCCUCCGUGGGCAGGUGAGGGAGAUCAAAGAUCUCCCUCACCUAACCACAGGCAGGGAGGGAGGCAGGAGAGGACCCGAGGAGCUCUUGCCAGCAGCUUCGCCGGGUUCCUCUCGCGCGGUCGGAGCUCAGAUCUCGCGAGAGUGAACUCUAGCCCCACAGGGGGCUAGAGUUCACUUUCCACUGGACCACCAGGGAAGGCAGGAGCACGGUCCCCCCUCCCUACAUAAGGUAAGAAGGGAGGGGGGAUAUUAACUAAACGGCCCCCACACAUUACACACAAACAUACAGCACAUACACAUACAUCACUCUUACACACACAGCACACACACUAACAGCACCCUCACACUAACAACACCCUUACACACACAGCACCCUCACACAUACACACACAGCACACACUAACAGCACCCUUACACACACAGCACCCUUACACAUACACACACUAACAGCACCCUUACACACAGCACCCUCACACAAGCACAGCACCCUUACACACACACAGCACACACUAACAACACCCUUACACACACACACUAACAGCACCUUCACACACACACACACACACACACUAACACACUAACAGCACCCUCACAAUAACAACACCCUUACACACACAGCACCCUCACACAUACAUACACACACUAACAACACCCUUACACACACACACUAACAGCACCUUCACACACACACACACACACUAACACACUAACAGCACCCUCACAAUAACAACACCCAUACACACACAGCACACACUAACAGCACCCUUACACACAGAACCCUCACACACACAGCACCCUUACACACACACAGCACACACAAACAGCACCCUUACACACACAGCACCCUUACACAUACACACACUAACAUCACCCUCACACACACAGCACCCUUACACACACACAGCACCCUUACUCACACAGCACCCUCACCCACACACACAAAGCACACACUAACAGCACCCUUACACACACAGCACCCUCACACACACACACACUAACAACACCCUUUAACAUACACACACACAGCACACACUAACAGCACCCUUAUACACACAGCACCUUCACACACACAGCGCCUCCACACACACAGCGCCCACACACACACACAGCGCCUUCACGCACAGCACCUGCACACACACAGCGCCUUCACACACAGCACCUACACACACACAGCACCCUCACACACACAGAAGUGUGUGUGUGUAUGUAUGUGUAUAUAUGUAUAUAUAUAUAUAUAUAUAUAUAUAUAUAUAUAUACAUAUAUAUAUAUAUAUAAAUAUAUAUAUACGCGGCGUGUGUGUUUCUGCUUUAGGGUGCACACCCUUAUACAAUAGGCUGCGCACGCCUAUGGACUAAAUAUUGAAAUUUGUUUUUUAAUUCACUACAAUUCUUUAGUGUAUAAACCCCUGUGUUUUCAUGUGUUAAUUCAUUAUGUGACUUUUUAAUAACCAGUAACAGAGACUGUCUCAGGUCAAAGGAUAACAGGAAUCCAUAGGUAAGGGGAGGAGCUGAAUUAACAAUGCGAUUGCACGUAUUACUAAGUUGCAUAAACACAUAUGAAGAGGAGAGGAGGAGGGGGGUGUCAUUUUUUCCUGGGCAAAGAGCAAAGGGUGUGUAGUCUAGAAGACAUUCAUCGCAGUGAGUGAUUACUAACAAGACAGUGGUGGCUUUGAGAAAGGGAUUAAUUGCAGAGACCUUCUUUCACCUGAUCUUUUACAUUCUUGUUUUCUUGCCUCUCCAACAACUUCAGGACAUAAGUGGAUGGAUGUGUGGUUAAUGAGAAUACACUGACAGGAUCAAGUCGCCUGGUGAGCAAAUUAUGUUCAGGGAAUUGUGAACGAACACACUUAUAGGCAAAGCUGGAAAAAUAUGUAUAUAGUCAAUAGUAAUAUGUAAUAUGUAUAAUGUAUAUAGUAAAAAAGUAAAUAGAUUUAGAACACAUUAUUUUUUUUCUAACAGUCAGAGUGUUACUGUAAAGACCAAACGGGUUUUCCACCUGUGUUAGCAUCUCAGGAUAUUGGUAAAUUUUACAUAUAUGUUCACUCUCAUUACCUUGUGCUCAUGCCUAAGAAAAUAAUUCACAAAAUGUACAAAAAAAAUCCAAAUCCAUAGUCACAGCUAACAAUUUUAAAUAACAGAGAUUUUAAUACCACUAUAACGGUCAUCGAAAUGUAAGCUCACUGCCAACAAGGCAAACCUCGUAAUAAGUCCUAAGUUCAGUUUUUGUGUCUGCUUGUAGCUCAAAGUCAUAAAGUUAAAAUAGAUGGACCUGUUUUUUACAUAAAACCCUUGACAUGCUUAGUCGCCUUUCCGGCAUAUGUGGUAUAAAACACCUCCGAAAACCCAAUGAUACUCGGACACCUUAUGUUUGGGAACAUUAUCACAGCUUUAUUAAUAAAUAAAAUAUAUAUAAAUUAUUAAAGGUCAUUGUCAACCUAUUUUACAUAACAUCUCAGCCCUGACUCUUUUAACAAUUCAACCCUGACAAUGACCCACAUAAACAAACAAUAUUAGCAUAAAUAACAUCUAACCACUUAAACCAUUGCCACUGAGGGCAUGAUUUACCAUGUUCCACCAUGUAGGGGUAUACCCUACACACACCAGGUUCGGAGCUACCGACGAGCUCGAACCAACCGAAAUCUAACCAAACCUAACCGUUCUUAGUGAACUAAACUUAUGUUACAUCUGUACUAACAAUCUACACCCCAACUUGUUUAUCCAUCCCCCACUGCCGUGACCAAACCGGAUCCAGAACUUGCUUAAAGGGAGAGAGGGUGGGACAAAAGAGGUAAGUGAGGAUUAAUUAAGAUGGCCCUUGAUCUAAAAUGGCCGUUAUAUAUACUCCCAUAAUCUAAAAACCCCACCCUCACUUUCUAUUGACAAAACCCCCACAUUAUCACUUCCUAUGCCUGUCUCUUAGACAUGUCAAGGCCCAUUCCACUUAGGAUGCGCUGCUCCAUGGACUACAACACACUAAUAAUUCAUCCUAAAUAGGCACUUAUGGAGGUAGGUGAAAGCACCAUGUAAUGCAAAUGUUUGUGAGAUACAAAUACAGUUAAAGGAAAAUUACAGACUCCAUAUCCACAACAGCGAGUGUCCUAGUGCCCCCCGAUGUAAGUAGUCAAACCGUUUUAGAACGAUUUGAUGUCUUACCUGGGUUCCGCAGCUGUCACACAGUCUUGCUAGAUUAUUUGGGUUGACACCAGGACUCUUUUUCCUAUAUAUCAUGUUCUAAGGGAGGGAAGUUCAUACUGCCAUGUGGCCAUUUACUGGUCCUCUACCCCUGUCAUUCGGGUGAAAAAAAUUAUCAUAGCUGCCACAUGACUGUUUAAAACAUAUUAUGGAUGUAAGCACAUUUUUCAAUGGUAGUUUUAAAUGGUUUAUCUUUUUUUUAGUACACCUAUUUCAUUAAGCAAAAGUUGACUAGCAGGGGCAAUAGGUAAGCUGGGCACCCAUGCCCGAGGUACUGCUUAUUCACCAGCAGGCAAUAGUGCCCUGGAGACUCUCUCUGAUAUAUAUGGAGGGGAGCUCUAACAGUAUCUGAGGAGUGAUCAAAUCUUAUAUACUCUAUUUACCAAGGUGCACUAAUGUAGGGGGAAAUUAAAUAGAUAUAAAAACUCACACACUCCCUUUCUAUGCCCCUUCCCUUGCCACAUGUGAUUUUUGGUUAUCAUGCCCAGACUGGCCAUCGGGCAAAACAGGCAAAUGUCCGGUGGACCAAGGUAUCAGGUUCACAGAAGCUUCACGAUCAGCCCCUUCAGUGCUAAGCUCAAACAGAGGGUUCCAUGGCUGGCAGGGAGAUGAAGGACCUCCCUCAAUGGCCAGCCCUCGGUACUACCAGAGUCUCUCCCACACAAACACACACUCUAUCCUCUUUUUACCUCUCUGGCUUGUGUCUCACUUAUGGGAAAAUAAGGGGGACAAGUGACCAGCAAACACAUUAGAAUGUCUUGCACUGUGUUAAACAGUCCUGGAGGGACAUCAACCUGAUACGCCCACUAUGGAGUGAGUGCAUUCCAAUGUUGAUACAAUGUGCCCCUUCCUAUUUGGCUGCUCUGCCUUAAAAUGCAUAGUCCAAAUUUUUGUCUCAGUCCAACCCUGGUGGUUAUAAGGGUAGUCCAUGGGAAUGCCGCACUAUUCAACAACCUCAAGAGUGAGAUGGAGCAGAAAAAAAGGGGUACCUUGUUUUAUGCUGUGCUAAUAUUACAGAGGACUGGGCAUGAUUCUGCAUAGCCCCCUUGCUUGCUUAAGAUGAGGUCUGAACCCCCUCAUAUUUCUGUUAUACCCUCACCUAUGAAGUCAUAGAUCUUUUACUUUUAUCUCCCACAGCCCCAGAGGUUUUUUUUUUUUAAAGUUUUUAUCUCUUGUGUAUAACAUGAGGCAAGAGGAGGGAGCUGGUUUGGACACGCGCUUGGUUAUUAGGGGCUACUGAGAUUCCUUAUUCAGUGUUUCAGUUUAAUUAUUUUAAGGUAAGUUCUAGUCAGCUUCUUUCCAGUGGUCCAAAUUCCACAUUUCUCCUGCAUGUUUCAUGAAAAAAGUGCUGUAAGCAAAAAUCAAUUAAUAUGUUUCCAUAGUGAAAAGUCUAAAGUACUGUACUUUAUGAGGAGGUGAUACAUUUGACAAAUGUAUUGCCAGACAUCAAAUUGCUCAAGACUGUAUCUGCAUAUUUAGGCUUAAUCUUCUAUUUUUUCUCAAAUUGCCAUCAGUGUCACUGUAUACUGGUACCUCCUUUAUAGACACCAGGCUGAAUAUGGCUCCCUGACAUCACCUCCCUAAAUUCAGCAAAAUGUUGCUUCCACUGUUUUCUACUAUACGUUUGCAUUUCUAUGUAGUCUGUAGCAUCUCUUGUGACCUCACUCACUUCUGGUAGCCUGGUAUUUAGUGUAUUUGCCUCUGAAUUACUCUCCCCACGUUGACACAACUUUCAGGAAGAGGAUAAAUCACAAAAGAUAUAUGAUUUGCAGAACAAUUGUCAAUUUUUCUCUACAAUAUGCUAUUGUAGAAUUAAGCUUACAUACAGUUGAAAUCAUAAUUAUUUGUUUCUUGUUGAAAGUUACACACUGCCCAUUACAUUGUUGAUGCUAACAGACAGAUAAUUCACAUAUUAUGUUCCUGUCAUGGUACCUGUUCAAUCCUUGUGUCAAUCUUGUACACAUUGCAAAAUUCUACUUCAUUCCAGUGUCCAUUCUAGGGAUUCUUCUCAGGCCAACAUGACAUUGUGCAUCAUUCCAGUGUCAAAAUUGAUGCAAGGCAAUCCUUUUCAAGCCGUGUUGCAACUCAUUAUUUCUGCAUUAACAUUGGCAGAAAUCAAUCUUUUUCAGACAAAAGUGAUGUGAUGCAUCAUUCCAGCAUCAAGAGUGAUGUGGACCAUUGUGUCCAUGCUCAAUUUAUACCCAAUAAAGCAUAGCAUCCGGCAUCACAAUUUAAUUACAUUUUGGCGCCUUAUUCCCAAUAAAGCAUGGCAUCCGGCAUUACAGUUUAAUUACUUUUUGGCGCCACUCUGAUGACGCUAAUGAUAUUUAAUCCUAGUCCACAAUGAGGCAUGUAACCUGCUGAAGUCUCUAGUACCCAAGAGUGCGCUUUUACUGUGUUUGUUUUUUCUGGAAUUUUGAUCUUGGUUUGUUAUCUCUCCAAUCCUGUAUGUGGCUCGUCUCACAGUUUUGUUGUCUUUCUGUAUCAUUUGAACUCAUCCUAUUCUUUGACCAUUCUCGUACUUGUCUAUCAACUUAAUCCCGGUCACCUCUAAGGUCCAGUAACACAUUCUAUUUACUUAGCUUUCCUAUAUUUACAUAUUGGGACUCCCUACCAAUCCUGACAGUUUCAUAUGGAAAUUGUACUUCAUGUGCACAUGUGUAUUUGUGGUGUUAUCAAAGUUGCUAUAUUAUAUUGUAGUUAAUUGUCUUUGCUUUGUAGAAUUGAUAAGCAAGGAAUCAAUGUUGCUUGUACACAUCAUGAAGCAAGGGGAGUUGUUUGUGGUGUUUUCUGAUUAUGCUCAAACACUUUUUGGUGUUUCAUUUACUAAGUCAUAGAUAGCUCUGUUCAAGUGUAGAUAACUUUUUUAUUAUUGCUUAAACUUGAGUGUUUAAUGUAAAGUAUAGGGCCCUUUUUCAUUGAAUGGAUAAUAGAAAAGGCAAUAAACAAAACUUGUGCUCAGUGUUUAGAUGAUAGCAGUGAAGCACUUGGUCCUACAAGGACAACGUACCCCUUUAAGCAGCAUGUAAAUAUAUAAAACCAAAAAGAAAAAAAAUAGUGCGAUACUAUAUAUAUAUAUAUAUGUAUAUAUAUAUAUAUAUAUAUUGCAUGUGGAUAUAAGAAAGGUGAGUAGUAGACACCCAUAUUUGCAAGAGCCUUUUCUAUGAAUAAGCUCUAAGCGUGUAAGCUUCUGUGCCUUUAAGGCAGCAACACUACCUUCAUUUGCAGAGAUGUGGUGAAUAACUUCCAGUGGUGGAUACAGGAAAAAAUAAUAAAGAGAAAGCAAAUUUGGUGCAGGAUAUUUGGUAAAAUAUAAUACUAAACAGAAAACCAAGUGGUUAUGUGCUCACCUUGAUUUGGGGCCCAUGAAUGACUGGCUCUGACUUUGUGGACACAUUGUAAAAUAUAGGGCAACAAUGCCCUCUUUUUAUUUUAUUAAUUCUUUAUUUUUGUUGUGCAUUUAGUGACAAACUUACUUACUUGCAGAGCCACAACAGCUAUAGCAAGCGAUUUGAAAGGCAUAGUAGUUCAAUUGUGUGGCAUAGCGUUAAUAAUGUGCAUUUUCAACAAUUAUAGCAAGAAAAGAGACACAGUUUGUGGCGUUACAUACAAGAAUAACAAAGCCAAGGUAAGCAUAUGCACUGAGUAGCUUAUGAACAACAGAAUGCAGCUCCACCGAACAGGGUGGUUGUUAAAUGCAAAAGUAGAACUGGGCUAGUGCACAGAGAGAGGAGUAGAUAUAAAGAUUAAAAUAAUACGUAGUAAUAGACCUUCUCACUGACUGCUGAUUAGUAGGCAAGUAUAUAACAACAUAAAAAAGCUCAAAUACUUGUAACCAACGGAGGUCAGUCUGCAAUUAACUCCUCUAAGAGGUCACUCCCAGAGUAAGCAAGGAUGGUGUGGCGGCUUGGAAUUAAUAUUGACACCAAACCAUAUGGUGGUCUUACUACGAGUUGUUAUCAUGUUGAGGACAUUAAUGACUGGCUGCCAUGUUAUGAUACUCCAUGCUCGUGCAACAACACGCCAUCCUAUCACACAGGCUGCCGUCAAAUCAGUGUUGAGAAUUUAGCAUACUAGGUAGAUAUAUCUAGUGCCAGGUAUGUAGGCUUGUCGUACUGCUAAACAAAACUUAAACAAGGAGCAUGGCUGACUGACAAUAAAUAAAAUAAAUAAACUAAAGCGGUUAGGCAGUGCUUAUAACUUUGGCAAGUUGGGUUAGCAGUAUAUAUGUGUACAAUGCGUUAGUUCUGGCCUGUUCGGUGAACUAGUGUGGUAUCCCCGUUUCUGGGUCUGCAGGGUUUCUAGUCCAUCUCCGGUGCAGUCUGUUCUCAAUUAGCCAGUGUCGGCUCUGGGGGCUAGGUUGGUGAGCCAAGUUCAAUGACAGGGUUCGUGCCGUGGUGAGGUUCCUUCACCUAUAAGACCCGAAGGGGCUCUCUGCCGGGUUUAGGUUCAUGCGAUGGCCUUAGCAUAUGAGUCUGUGGGUGGUCUCCUUGGCACGAACUCUGGGGCAUCCACGGUGUGUCUUCCGAUUGGGCAUAUGUGGCCUGCAGGUUGUGUCACUUGAGCCAGUGGUUCUAUGGGGAGGUUCAGUAGCCCCAGUAUCUCAGUGGCCUCUUGGGGAUUGUGGACAGCGUGCUUGGUGUCUCCUUUUUCGAUGGUGAGAGUGCGGCUUGGGCCCCAGCGGUAGCGUAUUUGGUGGAGGCGCAGGAGGGCCGUAAAUGAGCUCAGGGAUCUCCUCCACGCCAAUGUCCCGGCCGACAGGUCCGCGUAAAAGGAGAGGAUCAUCCCUUCAAAGGGGUAAGAUGACUGACCAUUUGUGGCCUCCACGACCGUCUUCUUGUCCCUGGCUGUUUGAAACUGUAGUAUUAGGUCCCCUGUGGCGUCAGGUGGGGCCUUUGCUGGUCGCAGUAUGCGAAAUAGACCCUCCAGGGUGAUCGCUUUCGCCGCCUUUGGAGUCAAUAGUUCUGUGAGGAGUCUUCUAAAAAAGUGAGGAAGUUCAACCUCCGGUAUGGAGUCAGCGACUCCUCUGAGCUUGAGAUUGUUUCGGCGGUGCCUCUUUUCUUGAGCGGCAAUUAGUUGUUCGUGCUGCCAGGAUUUUUGUUGCAGGUCCCUAAUCGCUGCUUGCAGAUCCGUGAUCUAGUUAGUGUGGCUGGUGGAGGAGGCUUCUACCACUCCCAGCCUAUUGGUAAUGCCUUUGAUGUCGCCUCUGAUUAGGGCCACGUCCGCCGCGAUCUUCCUGUGGUGGUCUGCCAUUAGCUCCCCAAUAGCCUCCAUGGUCACAGGGGUGGGGGCAUUUUUGUGUGGUAGUGCCCGUGGUGGCGGUGGGACCGGCAGGGCCAUUGUGGGGUCUCCCCCAUCUUCGUCUGAUGUGAAAUCCGAGCAGCCCCCGUGCAGGGACGCCAUCUUGGCGCAUCCUGCCUCAUGUGCCUGCCGCCAUAAUUCCCCGAUAUCCAUGCCCUGGCGAGGCUUGUCGGGCCUCACUUUCUUGUUCUUUCGGCCCAUUUAGUUCUUAUGGUUCUCCGGGUCACCCCUGGUUAGAUAUUUGUGUGGGUUCAGGUGCUGGAAAUGUCCAAUGCCCUCUUUUUAACCCAGGAAGGAAUCACUGAUUUUCAUAUUCACUGAUGUGAAGUAGAUUUAUAGAAGAUGUAUUUUUAGUAUGGAAAAGAGUAGGUUGCUAGAAUAGUUUACAAUGACGGGUUAGUUUUUUUGGAUAGCACAGUUGCAGGAGAGGAAGCUGGGUGGGUUGGGGGUGUAAAGCUAUUAACCCAUUUAAUUGAUAUUCUUUCCUAAAGAAGUGAAAACAUGUCUUUAUAUUUACAGUACGUUUUUUAAAUUAUAUGGCACAUCUCAAAGUCUACAGGUAGAAUUUCUUUCAUAUCUUAGUGAACAUUUCAAUAAUAAAUUAUUAUCCGUCUCAAUGUCAACAUUGUUUAUGGUUUGUUUUUGGUUAUAUAGCACAUCAAAUGUUUUAUUAUUAUAAUGCUGCAUGCUGCAUCCAUGAUUUUCCCUUUACUGUUCAUCGUUACAUUUUUGUCUUAUCUAACCCAUUUAAUAGUGUGCUUAUUUUACUUACGUUACUUACGUUCAUUUUUAUUCAGCAUUUAUUCUAUAAUUAGAAUACAAAGAAACACAUUAAAUUUUAAUCUUCAAUUUUUUAAGAUCUUUAUGUAUAUUUUCUACUAGUGUUCCAUAAUUAAGCUUAUAUAUCUCUUUCUGUUCUCCUGCAAGCUGUACCCCUAGAUAUGUUAGGCCUCUAUCUGCCCAUUUAUAUUUAUACUUUCUCAGUAUAUGUUCUUUUAAUCUGACAUCUACAUUAACCCUAAUAUUUCACACUUAUCCAUGUUCACUUUAAAGUUUGAAAGUGCUCCAUGUGUCUCCAAUGCCAUCUGAACUAGGGGUAACGAGCAGAGUGGGUCUCUAAUCGAAAGCAAAACAUCAUACACAAAUGUGGAUACUUUGAUCUCUCUAUGCCUAUAUCCCUUAAUAUAUAUAUUAUUCCGAAUGGCCGUAAGGAAUAGUUAAAAUGCCAGGAUAAAAAGAAGGGGGGAUAGUGGGCACCCUUGGUGCGUGCCGGGUUUGAUAGAGAAUGGUGUUGAUAAUUGGCCAUUAACUCGAAUGUUAGCUGUAGGGCCGCUAUAGAAUGCCUGUCCAAUUACUUAGUCUAGGCCCAAACUUACAUGGGAUAUUCCUAGAUAAAUAAUCUUCUAAUUCAAGGGAUCCUGAUAGAAAUCCCUAAAGGAAGUAGCUAUUGUACCUGUAGUGUUACAAGAUGUCCCAUUUUUAUUUAUUUUUGGUAUAUAUGUUUUCUGAAGUUUUGCUUUCAAUGUCCUGGCCAGUAGCUUCCCACUUUUAUUUUCAUAUGUAUAGAAGGAGCUUUGUGUCAUCUGAACGUCUCUCUGUGCCUCAAAUGUGAGGAGGGAUCUGAGUUUUAAUCUAUUUGCCGUUAGGCGUUGAAAAUUCUCUUUGAAGGAAUCUGUUUAUGAUUAAUCUCUGCGUCAUUUAUUACUCCAGUAAGAAAAUGUAUUUCCUCUGUUCGUUCCUUUUUUAGUCUGGAGCCCCAUUUAAUUAAUAUAUCCCGGAAGACCCCCUUAUGAGCUUCCCAUAUCCAUGAAUCAUUUGUAUCAGAUGUACAAUUCACCUAAAAAUUAUGAGAUAGGGUCAUAUUUAAAUCCUCAAUAACCCGUGAGUCAUCAAGGAGAGUUUCAUUUAAGCGCCAAAUAAUGCUUCUCCUAGAGUCUCCUUGUAGUUCUAUUCUAAGUUAAAAAAAAUAGGGGCAUGAUCUGACCAUGUGAUGUUUCCAAUGGACGCUCCUUUGAGCAAAUGCAGAUCUCUAUGAUUUAUUAAGAACAUAUCUAUCCUUGAGUAGCUAUUGGCCACUGGAGAAUAGAAAGUGUAAUCCCGAUCUUGUGGAUGGUUAAUAAACCAGGUGUCAAUCAGUUGGUGGAAAUACAAUGUGUUUAAAAAAACAGACCUCUGAUGGUCUGUCACCUGUGAGGAACUAUCCAUUGCAUGGUCUAAUACUAAAUUCCAACCACCCCCAACAAUCAAAAUCCCUUGUGAGAACCCUUUCAGUUUUCUCAGACAGAAAGUUAUAAAAGAUGCUUGGCUUUUGUUAGGCGCAUAAUCAUCUAAUUCGUAAUAAUCGCAUAAUAAUCUAAUGCGUAAUAAUCUAGUCAUUAACCUUCUCCUUUAUAAAGACAAAUCUCCUUCUCUACUUCAAUAAAGUUUAAAUGGGAGGCAACAAAAAAUUGCUACUCCUCUAGAUUUCCCUUUUAUAUAGUUACUAUAAAAAAUUUGCUUAAUUGGAAGUUGCCUUCAUAGUGGGUUUCUUGAAUAAACAUAACAUCAUUUUUUUUGCCUAUUUAGCUCCUGUGCUAGCAUAGAACUCUUUCCUGGAGAGUUAAGGCCUCUAACAUUCAGAGACAUAAGACUAAUUUGGACCAUAUAGAGAGCAGAGGAUAGGACUUAUAUAAUACCAUGUUCUAGAGGGUAAAUCAUAAAGGAGAAGAAAUUUAAGCAGGAUACAAAAUAGAUACCUACAAAGGGUCUGAACUAAUUACAAAUGUAUGAGUAUAGUAACGUAUGUUGGGAUUGGUUAUGAUGCCACACCUGUGGGAGACACUAUUGUGUCCACAAGCCAUAUGGGGAUCUCUCAGGGUGGAAAGACAUGUAUAGAUAAAUAAGUAAGUAAGUGACAUGUAUCGAUAAACAAUUCUAAUUGACCUCUCCUCCAACUCAUAAUCUCAAGCACUAAUACGCCCUAUAAUUGAUUAGGGAGUAAUGGAGCGUAUAUAUCCCAGUACCUUGUCUAAAUAAUAAAUAGUUACUCCAACCCAAACACUGGAAGCCCCAAUGCCUGUAGGAAAUCCCGUAUAUCUGCCGGCGUGGAUAUACUAAAUGUCUUCCCCUGUUGUAUAAAUGCUAAUGCAAAUGGGUAGUACCAACGGUAUUUAACUUGUUUCUCUGUCAAUAAUUGUGUAAUGGGUCGCAGGUUCCCCAUUUUCUUCUAAUGCCUGCACUCUAUUGCCCAAAUGCUGUAUUUCUGUAGUAACAGCUACUAACUUUUCACUGAAACUAUCCUCCAUUUUCUUAAACAUAAUGAUGAGAUCGGACUGAAGGUAAUUGGGUCAGGAUUGUUCUAAGGUCCAACACUUCGACUGAACACUCUAAGAUUGGUGGGCUUUCUGGCGGGCUUCCUUGCUUGCUUACUGAAGGAGUCAUUUUGUCUCGUAGGUCGUGGUCUGCCUGUUCCGUCAGGAACUUCCGUUGUGGCGAUUUUAGCGUUGCCAGGUUGGGACCAUACUACCUAAUUGCUUCCUGGUCGACCAUAUUGGUUAUUUCUUAAUAGAGUGAUGCCAAUGACAGUUGGCGCGCUCAAUCAGUAGCAAUCAGUAUCAACGCAGUAGUAUCUACCCAGCAGAAAUAUUGCAAAGAUUUUGCUCUUAUAUUGCUCUUAUAGUGCUUAUCAGAUUAUUUCACAAAUGCAUCCAAUUGCUUAUUAGAUUGGUGAUAAAGGCUUUGAAGAUUAUCAUUCCUCACAACUCCUCUUAAUUCUUUCUAAGUAUACUGAAUAGCCUGGAUUGCUGAAUAGACAUUAAGACAGCCCCCCUUAAGUAACUCCCUGAACAAGGGAAAAUCACUGCGCUGUUUACCGCUCUGUUUAAUGUCAGGAGCCGACCCUACCUUCCCAUACACCCACCUUUUAUCUUUUUCCAGCAGGUUGCUCGGGAACUUCUUCCGAUGCUUCCUUAUCCCACCUUUUAUGUGUCAGAAAAGUUUCUGUGGCUCAUACGUCCUUUUCACUUCCCCUUUCAAGUUUGCAGGUGCUUUUCCAAACACUCUUCUGGCCCCCAGGGGUAUAUAUUAGGUAUAUAUUAGGAAUCAAAUACCAAAGUGGCAUCAAUGUCGGCAUUCGCCGGAACAUGAGGAACAACUGCACUCAAGAUCAUCUGGACUGGAAACCUUUCGACAGGCCCUCUGACCCACAUCACGGCCUCACAUCCAAGAGACGCAUUUCAGCAGGGAUUACACACCAGCUAUAUAUAAUAAAUAUUACCCAACCCAGUUCCACACCCUCUCCGAAAACAAGACAAAUGGGGUCUCAGUCUUUAUUCAUAAAGAUAUAGUUUUAAAAUCAUAGACACAAAGGGCAGGUAUAUCAUCCUCAUAGGCCUAAUUAACAACACACUGUAUACCUUAGUAACUACUUACUUCCCAAAAUACUUGGGCCCUUCUCCAGCCUAUCACCAUACAAAAAAUUAUGCAAACUACUAAACAACUUCCCCCGGGGAAGUCUCCGGGUGCAGACAGACUCUCCAACUCUACUACAAGGCGUUCAGUACCAUACUGGCGCCGCAGCUCCUGCAGGUGUACCAGCAGACUGCAUCCUCAGUCCAUUUGCCACCUGAUAUGCUACUAGCUACAAUAGUUACAAUCCCCAAACCAGACAAAACUCCGGACAUAUGCAAGAACUACAGACCUAUAUCUUUACUCAAUACAGAUGCGAAAAUCUAUGCCAAGAUUAUUGCUAAUAGACUUAAUCAAAUUCUGCCACACGUAAUCCAUGAUGACCAGAAAGGCUUUGUGAUGGACCGACAAGGCCUAGACAAUACCUGGAAACUUACCCUGGUACAAUGAGAGCUCGGAAGGUCGACUCGAGGUGGUCUUCUAUUAGCACUGGACGCAGAAAAAGCUUUGACCGCCUUGGCCGGGCCUUCCUGAAGCAGGUUUUAGACAGCUAUGGGUUUCUUCCACAAGUAAUCCAACAAAUAUUUGCAUUAGAUUCCUCACCCUCGGCACAAGUGAUCCAGUCAGGAUUCCUAUCCCCUACCUUUAGAAUCACGAAUGGAACGAGACAGGGCUGCCCCCUUUCCCCACUCCUCUAUGUCCUCGCAUUAGAACCCCUACUGCAACUUAUUAGACAAAAUGAGAGCAUACAGUGAAUAAGCCUGGGCAAUAAACAGAUUAAAAUUAGUGCAUUUGAUGACAAUGUACUAUUGUAUAUUGCGAAUCCCCAAGACUCUCUGCCCACACUGAUGCAGUUGAUUCAGGCUUAUGAAUAUGGUGGUACUUACUGCCGACCAGAUUACAUAAAAUCUUUCCUUCCACCUCCCCACUCUGUUAGAGAUAUCAUGAAACUGAGGGCUCGAUGCACCAUAUCUGGUGAAGCUGUCCACAGCUAACCCACUACUGGACAGAAGUCCACAAACUAAUCCAAGACAUAACGAAAGGCUCCCUCCCAUUUGCUCUAAAAUCUUGCCUAUUGUUAGAUCUUCCGAGGAGAUGUCCCAACACAUGAGAAAAAUGAUUUUACACAUCGCCUUGACAGCACAGCAACUAAUAGCGAGGAGCUUUGGCAUGCAUGGAGAUCUGGUAAAUUGCUAUGUUUGUAGUCCUAUGAGGGUUCUUGGGUUCCACAACCGAAUCUAUUUACCCAAGCGUUAUACUGAUACUGGGUGAAUGUUUAAACCUCGUCACCCUAAUGUUACGUAUAAAAUGUACAAUGCCGUCUGACUGUCGACAUAUUGUUCUGUACAGUGAUGCACCCCCCCCUUCUUUCCCACUCCCACCUUUUUGUUUCUGUACCUGCUCCCUAUGUUACGUCAACAAAAAUAAAUACAUCUUCAAAUGAAAAAAUAAACAGUGCAGUUGCGUCUUUCCACUUUCUAAAAUCCUAGAUAACAGAUGGCUUGGUCAGGAGUGUCGCUCUCUAAGCCAAUCGGUAACUCUCCAUUCAUAAAAAAAGUUAUUACAGUAUCUCCACAGACAGUUUAACCCCUAAAGAUGGAUAAUCCAAUGGGGUAGUAUUGUGGUCUGCACUUCUAUUGGGUGCAAAUCACAUUAAGAGACACUCUGCAUGAGUCAGAUUUGUCCCCACAGGAAAACAUUGAUUCGAUGCUUUCCUGUGGGGAGGUCUAAUGCGCAGACGGCAUUUGCCACGCAUGUGCACUAGUGUCCUCUCGUUGCAAGACGUCGGAGAAGGCGGAGCCACGACCCAAAGCACAUCAGGGGAAAGGUAAGUAAAUUAAGGAUUUUUAACCCUUUAUUCACCGUCAUGGGGGCGUGAGGGAGGGGGGAGGCAGAGGGACCAAUAGUGCCAAGAAUACAGCUUUCCUAUAACUUAUAGCAUACCUUUAAGAAAAUCAGUAUAAAUCAAAUCAGCAUCUCAAAUAUGUGUGGAGGAACCGGCAGUUAUCCCAGCACAAGCUCACCUAUCGUUAAAUUCCAAUGUUGUAGGGAUAGAAUUAAGUAGGUGACAAGAGAUGAUAGAUGUAUAUGUAAGGCUGUAUAAACUUGUACUUAUGUUCAUCACUGUGUACAACAAUCCAUUUCUGGAGACUUUGUGAACUAGCUGUCUUUCUAAAUAAAGAAUUUAAAAAAAAUAAAGAAUUAAGUAGGUGUCCUAGGGUGGGAGAAACUGAGAUGACCGGUUAUAGAAAAAUAAGAUGGAGCUAGGGCAACCAUGAAGGAUUGUAAAUAUUGAACUUACUCUUUUUACCUUUUGGCUGUUUUGGUUUUUCGUUGGCAUGAAAAUAUAUCCUGAAUUCCAGGUGAAUUUCAACUUUUAAGCCAACAUAAGCAAAUUUUAAAAACUACUGACAUUUCCUAUUUUCUAUCUUGGUCUAAAAGUUGAACAUUCAAUUUCAAUUCACUAGUGAAUAAACCUAUGUAUGUCUGUCUUUAUUUAGACACUACACAUAUUGCUGGAAUUAUGGUUAACAUGAGUCUUAAUAUUAGUAUGACAGUAUUAGCUUUUCCAGAGGGAACCAAAUACAGAUUACGAAUGUAAAGAAAUUGCUGAUAAAUAUCCACAGAUUCAGAUUUUUGGGGUUAUUAACCAAGGGUAAUGUUCUUGAAUUUGUAUUACUAUACUGUGCAUAAUGUAUUUAUUAUAAAUUUUUUCCUUUUUUUCAGUCUUAUACCAUUUUAAAGAUGGAUGAUUACUUUAAUUCAACAGAGUAAGUAUUUACCUCGCCAUCUACAUAUUGUCUGCUUAUUUCCAACAUGGAACAAAAAAAACAAUUAAUUGCUCUACUGGCCCUUUAUAUGGGCUUUUUAAGAUUAUCUGCCCUCACGUGCUAAACUCUUCAGGACCACCAUAGCCUUGGACAAUCCCUGCCACCAUCUACAAAACAGCUUUAUGAAUUUAGGGGCAGAGGUUUGUUAUGAGGUUAUUACUGGUUAUUUUAUAAUGUAAGUGAUAUUACUAUAGUUAAACCAAAUAUUUAAAUAUACUGUUAGCUUGGCAUAAUCUAUUAAAAAGGUAGAUGAACAUAUGGCAUUUACUCAAAUAUUCUUAAUUAUUUUAUGUUAAAGAAAUAAAGAAACACUUUUUGUGUUAGACUGUUAGUUUGGUUUGUGUCUAGGUUACAUUAAAGGGACACUAUAGUCACCUGAACAACUUUAACUUAAUGAAUCAGUUUUGGUGUAUAGAACAUGCCCCUGCAGCCUCACUGCUCAAUUCUCUGCCAUUUAGGAAUUAAAUCCCUUUGUUUAUGAACCCUAGUCACACCUCCCUGCAUGUGACUUGCACAGCCUUCCAUAAACACUUCCUGUAAAGGAAAUUGCAAGUUCUGUUUAAUUAAGAUGUUCUUAUCCCCUGCUAUGUUAAUAGCUUGCUAGACCCUGCAAGAGCCUUCUGUAUGUGAUUAAAGUUCAAUUUAGAGAUUGAGAUACAAUUAUUUAAGGUAACUUACAUCUGUUUGAAAGUGAAACCAGUUUUUUUUUUUCAUGCAGGCUCUGUCAAUCAUAGCCAGGGGAGGUGUGGCUAGGGCUGCAUAAACAGAAACAAAGUGAUUUAACUCCUAAAUGGCAGUGAAUUGAGCAGUGAAAUUGCAGGGGAAUGAUCUAUACACUAAAACUGCUUUAUUCAGCUAAAGUAAUUUAGGUGACUAUAGUGUUCCUUUAAAACAAACAGCACCCAGGGUGAAAUCUACACAAAACACAAAAAUUACUCAUGAUUUUUUUCCAUUGAUGUCUGUGUGCACCUGUACUCAAGAGUAGAAUUAGCAGAUGUUGUUUAUUGUACCUAUGUCACACCCUAUUUCAAUUCAAUUACGCUACUGUUUCAGGUGAUAUAAAGACACUACAAGCUAUUAGAGUAUAGCUAAUAGCUAUAGGAAGGAAGUACACACCCCAACAGAAAACACGUGCAAUAGAAUAGAGUUAGUUGCAUGUAAACCAAACAUAACAUCCAUAACAUCUACCUAUUUUAGUAUUAAUAAAUCAACAUCCUUGGCUUAAGGAUAGAGUACAACGAGUUGUAAUUAAUGGUAAAUUUUCAAGCUGGACAAAAGUGGUAAGUGGUGUCCCUCAGGGUUCUGUUUUGGGACUGCUUCUAUUUAACAUAUUUAUAAAUGAUCUUGAAAUAGGCAUUGAAAGCCAUGUAUCAGUGUUUGCAGAUGACACAACACUUUGUAAAGUAAUAAAAUGUGAGCAGGAUAUCGCCUUGCUGCAGAGGGAUUUGGAUAGAUUGGGGGACUGGGCACUAAAAUGGCAGAUGAAAUUUAACAUAGAGAAAUGCAAAGUUAUGCCCUUCGUGGUUAAGAAUGCACAAGCAAUUUACACCCUAAAUGGUAGUGAACUAGGGAUAACCACACACAAGAAGGAUUUGGGAAUUGUUAUAGGCCAGUAAGGUUUUGUCAUGUAUAAAUAGGGGCAUAAAUUCUCGGGAUGAAAAUAUAAUUUUGCCUCUUUAUAAAUCGCUGGUAAGACCACACCUUGAAUAUGCUGUGCAAUUUUGGGCACCUGUUCUAAAGAAAGAUAUCACUAGAAAAAGUGCAGAGACGAGCUACAAAAUUGAUAAAAGGAAUGGCGCAUUUUAGUUAUGAAGCAAGGUUAAAAAAUGUAAAUCUCUUUAGUUUGGAAAAACGGCGCCUGAGAGGGGAUAUGAUAACAUUAUACAAAUAUAUUUGGGGCCAGUACACACCAUUAUCUGGAAAUCUAUUCAUAAACAGGGCUAUACAUAGGACACAAGGUCACACAUUUAGGCUUGAAGAAAGGAGAUUUCAUCUAAGGCAAAGAAAAGGUUUUUUUAUAGUAAGAGGAAUAAGGAUAUGGAAUUCUUUGCCUGAAGAGGUGGUUUUGUCAGAGUCUAUACAGAUGUUUAAACUGCAAUUGGAUAAAUACUUGCAAAAACAUAACAUACAGGGAUAUAAUUUCUAAUUAGUGGGGUAAUAGCUGCUUGAUCCAAUGAGACAUCUGACUGCUAUUUUGGGGUCAAGAAGGAAUUUUUUCCUAGUUUGUUGCAAAAUUGGAAGCAAUUCAGACUGGUUUUUUUGCCUUCUUUUGGAUCAACAGCAAAAACAUAUGUGAGGAAGGCUGAACUUGAUGGACGCAAGUCUCUUUUCAGCUAUGUAACUAUGUAACAAUAAACAACAUCUGCUAAUUCUACUCUCGAGUUCAGGUGCACACAGACAUAAAUGUAACAUUGUGAAAUUUGGAGUCCAAAUCACUGUCCUUGUAAUAACAUUCUAGAGGUUAAGUCUCUCAGGUGGUUGUGAAUGUCUGCCACUACGUAUGAGUGAAGACUGAUUCAGGUUGAGCAACCUUUGAAACUGACUGCUGUCAGGUCCUGCUUGCUCAGGGCCUUCAACAGACCAUAUUUGGGAUUAUUAAUAAAACUUGUAGUGAAUGGAGAAGUUCAAGAAUAGGAAAAAUAGGUUUUAGCAACUAAAUGACCACUCAGCUUGGAUCUAUUUAGUUACAGAUUUAAUUAUGUAUUGAAAUAUUCCUCUAUCCUAGACAAAUUGCUCUAGAUUCUUUAAAUUACCAAGUCCUACAGUGCAUGUACCCUAUCAUACUUCACAGGCAUUACAUUAAAUCAUAUAUAUUUCAAUACCCCAAGUGUCCCUAUUUAGGAGGGACAGUCCAUAUUUUGGGCUCAAAACUCUACGUACCCCUUUUCUAUCCUAAUAUCCCUCUUGCUCCAUAAUGUUUUUGUGUCGGAGUGUAUAACAGAGCUUCACAGCAAUAAUACUAUCACUGUCAUAUGCAUGCGCAAUACACAGGAUAGGCAGCAUUAGAAAUAUGUUGCUUUUUCCAGCGGAAAUUAAGCUCCAAAAAGACCCCUUAAACUCACACACACCAGAUUGCUGAUUCCCGGAGCAUCCUUAUAAAGUUUGGAUGGAUCCUGCACCUAAUAUUGAUAGGAUAACCGGGUUAACUAGAACAAGCGCACAGGAAGACCACAUCAUUUUGUGAUGGGGAAAAGAGGGAAAACUAACAAGGUCAGGAUAUAGCAGCUACUUAAAGGACACAUUUGUGCUACUAGCUUUCAAGUGUUCUGUAUUAUAAAUGCAGCCUCUGACACUGUGUUUAGUACAUGCAGCCUAUGACCCUUGUCAUUAUUUCAUUGUCUAUUUUUAUUGUCUGUAAUGCUGUGUGCAUGCUUAAAAAUCUUUCUUCAUUCAGUAGGGUCUUGGCACACCAAGGUGAACCAUCAAGACACAGCAUGAGGCCAUCUGCCAAGAGCAUCUAUGGUAUGUUUAACAAUUUAAAUUAUACUAAAAAACUUCAGCUCACUAUGUCUCAAGUAAUUGUCUAAUAUUGACUAAAUAUUCAGUUUCCAACCUGCUUUAAAAGUCUAUCCCUCACUAAAAAUGUUAAUAAUUGUCCUUGUCAUAUAGCUAUUCUAAUCACCCACAGGAGUCAAGAGUGUAGAUUCAUCAAAGCAAAAUAGGUGCUAUUCUAGAACCAAGAGCUAAAUCAGGCAUCACCAUGGCAACCAGUAUAAUGUGUCUCAACAUUUAGCACUUUGCACCCAAAAUAGCACCUUGAUAAACCUUCACACUAGAACUGUUGACUGUGUCAGUCUCUAUUUUGCUGGAACAGUCUUACAUUUUGGGGUCCUGUCUCAACAAAAAUGGAUUCCGGAAACCUGUCUGCAUUCUCAAGUCUGCCCAACAGUUCAAUCUUCUUCACAGGUUUUGAGAAGAAGGAGGGGACAAUAGGAUCACGCUGAUAAUACUGGAACAGCGAUCCAUAAAUUGUCUACCCCGAGGUGGAGUCUGUAAGUCAUGCUAGGUACCCACUCUAGGGGUGGCCCCGCCCCCUUCAGGAUUGGGCCCUCUCCUUUCAUGGACAGAUCCACGCAUCUCUGCAGCUGGCUCCCAAUCACUGUACUUGAUGGUAUCCAGGCAAAUCUACAUGUAUUUAGAUAUGUAUUAACCCACCCAGUACUCUUUAACAUUUCUUCUUUAACUAUUCCAGUGUCCAUCUUAGCAUCCUCUAUUGCUGAGCUGCUCAUCUAUGUGCAAACCUUACCCUUCUUAGUUUCCAACUUAUACUUAGAUACAUCAGCUAUGCCAGUUCAGCUAUUAUCACUAAGACUCAACAAAUGUGUCUGUCACAGCUGGGCCCUUACUGGAGUAUUGGCUGAGCCCCUGUCCUCGGAGCCACAUUGCCUGUUAGAGACUCUUUUAGAAAUAGUAUAUAAAUUCUAUUUGUGAAACUCUAUAGUCUUAAAUAAUAAUUUAUUUUUCAUGCAUGAGAGUACAGAGAAUCUUGCAUUGCCACAACAGCAGGUACAGGGUUAACAUUAGCUAUAUAAAGAAAGUAUGAAUGCAUAAAGUAAUAGCGUGAUAACACCCUGGAGCACUAACGUUUUGAAAAUGUGCCCACUGUAAAGCUUUAUAAUGAGGUAUAUAACUUUAACAACUUUUGUAAAAGCCUUAUAUAGGCUUAACUAUAAACUAUAUUUGCUAAACUAAAUGUUUUGCCAAGUAUUUCUAAAUAAGUUGUUGCACUUUUGUCCAUAAUAUGUAAAUAUAAAAAAAAUAAAUGCAAGAAUGUGUUCGUUAAUGAACAUGGCAGAUUGUAUAUAUUUAUGUAAAUACCCUGAAGUAUAAAUUUUUGAAAUCAUAUAUGAAUGUGGUAACCCCUAUGCUAUACAAUACAGUUACUUUACUAUACCCCCGAUAAAUUAAUACAUUCUCUUAUAUUUCAUAUUAUUUUUCUAUCUCCUGUGAAGAGCAAAGGAAGCAGUACGCACAGUCUCUAACGAUGGCUGAAAACAGUUUUGAGCAUCGUGUGGAGGUAAGCAUGGUCUUAAAACAAAAUAGUUUUUCUUUAACUUAUGAAGCAAAUUAAAUCUGCAGAGCUAGCUUUCUAGUAAAGCAAAAUAGUUACUUUACUUUUUUAUAUACAUGGACCUUUGAUCUUGUCCACCAGCUCCUACUACAAAGCAUUAACCCCUUAAGGACCAAACUUCUGGAAUAAAAGGGAAUCAUGACAUGUCACACAUGUCGUGUCCUUAAGGGGUUAAACACCACAAAGUAAAUUCCAAAUACCUCUGAUCACCCUUCAUUUGCUAAUGUAGACACAAAAAUGGUACUUGCAUGAUCAUUGGCUGCUACUCUCUGUUAAUAUCUGCAUGUAAAAUGUAUCUACUCUUUAUUUACUGUAUAUGUUCCAAUAAAGCUGUUUUUUUAAAUGCAAAAGCAGUAGCCCAUGGUCUGUUUUUGUGACUCCUCCGUGGCAUCUGCAUGCAGUUUAGUGGAUUAAAAUUACUGCAAACUACUAAACUGUGCUGUCAUAAUUGUAUGAUCGUAUUGCUGGGACAAGGAAGCUACUGCCAAGUGAUAAUCAUCCAUUAAAAGGACAAUACAAGCUAAGUAGUUGUGGUGCAUAGUUGGUGUCUGUGUUUACUAGGAGAAUGUAAAACUGUUCUGAGAAACAGCAAUGUUUACAUUUGUCAGAGAAUACACCUUUAAUGACUAGCAGACUGACAGCCCAGAAAUGUGGAAAUACCUGUGGUGCAGCCCAGCUUUGGCAUAGCACAUUGCAAGAUAAAGGCCUCAGCCACCAUAUGACCCUUCCUGGCCACACUGUCACUGCCAGUAGUUCCUGCAGCAAAGAGGGAGGAAGGGCAACCAAACUUGGUAGCCAAACUUGGGGGAAACGUGUAGUGUCGACAGUAGGAUGCAAGGAAGAAUGCAGGAGGGAGAGUUGGAGAGAGGCUGCAUAUCUAUGUGUCCUGUGUAUGUGUGUUGGUAUGUGUCUAUAUGUUUGUGUGUCUAUCUAUAUAUGUUAAUUUGUGUGUGUAUUUGUGCACGUGUCAUUGAGUUUAUUUGUGCAUCUAUGUGUGUAUGUCUCUUGGAGGAUAUUUGUGUGUUUGUGUCUGUGUUCAUCUAUGUGUAGCAGUGUAUGUGUGUAUAUAUUUGUCUGGCAGUGUUUGUGUGGCAAUAUAUGUGUCUGUAGGUUUUGUGGUUUUGUGUGUGUAAAUGUGAUUACAUGCACCAAGAUUACAAACAUACACUCCACUGCAAAAACAAAAAUACACCAAUGCAUUCAAAUGACAACACUAUCUGCACAACCCCCUCCCCCACAUUCUAACUCCAAACCUACACAAAUACACCAUGUAUUCAAAUGCUAACACUACAAGCAAGCACCCCUGCAUACAUACAGAAACACUACACACAUGUACACUUCUGCAUUAUACACAAAUACACAAACAUUCACACAUAUACUCCAUAUAAACAUGCCUAUAUUCACACACAGGCAUUGCGCAACAAAUACAACACAAAUACAACUCUGGAUGGGCAAAUGGCAGAUCCAUUGCUAGCAAAGCAUCAGUUGAGUUGGCUACUCAUGCUUUAUAGGGGGCCCAAAAACAUUUAUUUCUGCCACUGCCUAGAACCUUCUAUUUUUAAACAACGUCAUAUUUGGUGUCAUCACACACAGCAUGUAGGAAUCUGGACACCACUAACACAAUGCUUCUCACAGAGAGGCAUUGGAGUUGAUGCUUCUCUAUGAAAAUCAUCAGAUUGGUGGAGUUUGGUGAUUGCAACAGAUGCAAUAUAAGUCCCCAAUAUCUCUCUAUAAGAACAUCGUGGGCCUAUUUAUAUCGGAAAGCAUCAUUAAAGAGCAAUGAAAACCGCUUCACUCUAUGCUGUACCGACACACUGUUUAAAAAAUACACCUUUUUGAUAGCGCAGUUUUAAAUGUAUAAGGAAAAAUAAUAUUGCAAGAGCUGACCAUAAUAAUUUAUAUGAAGAUAGUUUGUUAGAUGAUGACAGUAUGGUCACAAAGAAUCUUGCUCCUGCUUUGAAAGAUGCACACACACCGUCUCUAUUACUAUUGCAUAUUUUCUAUCUGGAUCCAUAAGUACGAGUUCUAAGUUUCUAUAAAGUCUCUUCUGGUAAUGGCCAGGAACUCUGUGGGUCUCUGAUUGGUUUAAUUUUUUCCUAGCACCUCCUAACAUGUGACUUGGAUAAUGAAGUUCGUAGUGUAGAGGAUUGUAUGAAGCGUCUUCGUUCACUCGAUGCUGAGGGAAGAAUAUGGGGUCAAGACUUGAUGCUAGAAGUGAAAAAUGGAAAUCUGCAGCUAAAUGACCUGGAGACGCGGGUGAGUUAGAGUGUAGAAUUGAGAAGUCUAUAGAAGAUCGAAUACAUAAACUAUACGGUACUUGUACUUCCUCUCCUGGUACUUGUGCAUUAAAACCAUUUUUCUCCUCUAUCCAAAUCUAACCAUGUUUAUUUUGGAUUUGUGUUUUGCACAGGACAGUCUGGAAAGUGUGCCACUACGUAAUGUACUGAGCUGUCGUUCAUUAAUGGGGGGCACCACAUAUAAUUCAGUUCUCACAGUUACUAUACAGGACCCGCAAAAAUCAACUGUAUUCAUUUUCCAGUGUGACGAACAGCCGGUGAGUGAUAUCACUGUGUCUGCAAAAAGAGGUAUCUGAGGGUCUUGUUUGGUUUUUAUUCUAUGUAUUGGAGGUGAAGUGCACUGUAGUCAUUGCUACCAUGAGGAAGCAGUGGGAAUUUGAGCAAAGGACUUAAUAUUGAAUGGCUGUGGGUUUUGUGUCUUUAUCCAAACUACUUUAACCAGAUCAUUCCAUGAUGUCUAUAUGUGCAGCACCACUAGUCGAGAUGUUAUGUGUUAUGGCUGUCCAUUUUGAAGUAUGUGGCAACAGUUUAGCAAAUACAUUACAGUAUCCUUUCUAUAUCCACAGGCCAAUGUUUUGCAUUCACACUUGGAAAAAGCCUUAAAGCAAGAAAAAUCAAAUACAGAAGGCAACAAUUCCAGGUAA